CACGUGGAGUGGUGUCACAAGUCUGUAAAAGUGCAUGCAGCUGUGCACAUUUUAUACCCAUCGAAGCUCAAAUGGAUUUCAGCUUUCUAAAGCUGCAUCACAUGACAGAGGACAAAUUGCCUGACGACUCAAACUGAAUUCUUCCGCUGCUCCAUCGGAGAAGAAACUGACGUCCGUGGGCGUGGCGUAGCGUUUGGCCUGUGCAAGGAGUUUGGGUAGCCAGGCAAGAGGAGAAAGCGACCAUGGUGCAAAUAUCGCAAAGCACUGGAGGAUGCGGAUGCGAUCAUUUCUGAGGAUAUCGUUCGCUCGCUGGUGUGCCCUGGGAUCACCGUUUUUGAUAGCAAAAUAAUUGAUGACACACAUCGCACCGACCUCCUAAAGGUUGACUGUUGACUGGCCAGCUGGGUGGUUACUGAGGCAGAUUGCAUCAUAGAUCCUCCUCCUCUUCUUCUGUAUGACUCAUUGGAGCUGACCAGCUGACAUCAAGACUGACCACAGACAUGAGCAUGGCGCUGGCCUCGCUCCAGUUGUCGUCGGUGCCCUGUGCCAGCGUCCCUACCAUCCCCACCAUCACCCUUGUCACCUAUCCUCUCACCCAAAUCACCCCCCACUGAGACCCAGCCGGGCCAAGUCAGAGCUAGCAUCCGCCAUGCUGUCAGGAAGCUGGCGUCGCUCCAUGGUAGCCUCACCCGCCAUGCCCUCUGCCUCCACCAGGGGGAGAACUACCAGUGUGGACAGUGUGUCCAGUAGGGAGAGCAGUGGCAGUGUGAGCAGCGGUGUGAGCGUGUCCGUGGGGUGUGGUGUCCCCAGUGGCACGGUGGUGCUGGAAUCGCAGUACGACUAUCAGUACCGCGGGGCAGACGGACGACAUGUCUGCAUCCGAGAGGGGGAGCGCUUUAUUCUGCUGAGGAAGACUAACACUGACUGGUGGCAGGUGCGGAGGAUCGGGGCAGCCAGUAAAGCCAAGCCCCUGUAUGUCCCGGCUACGUACGUAGUGGAGGUACCCAUCGCUCCUCUGUCAUCAGUAGCACAACAACAAAAUGCCAACAACAGCAUGUGUAACCAUGCCAACAUGAGACUGCAGCUACAGUCAUCUCUCUCUCUCUGCUCUAACAACCAGUACUCAGUGCCCAAAACCUUCUGUCGGUCAAUGGAGGACCUCAACUCUCACAGUGCCUUUAGGGGAGUUAACAGCCACAGCCCUACCCCCAGUCUGGGAGGAGGGGGAUUCCCCACCAUGCCCCUCCCUGCCCUCCCCUCCUACACCGCCACCUCCUCCCCAGGACACUUGCUGGUCCCUGGGGGCCCCCAGACCUCCAUGGGCCCCUCGGCCCCCAUCCCCCGUACUAAGAGCUUCAGCAACCUGCCCCAGAACCCUUACGAGGAGAUCGAGGUGGGGGAGAUGGGGGUCGGGAUGGGACUGAGUGGACGGCGCACACCCAUCGGGGGUGUUGCCAGGUCCCUUAGCCAGUGGGACGUGGCCGAGGCCACCCGCAGAAACAGCCAUCUGCAGGUGUCUCCCCAGUCCUACAUUUCCCAGCAGUCUCUCCUGGAGUCUCCUCUAUACUCCGCCAUUCACCAGGUGAAGAGGCGGAGCCAAGUGGAGCCUCCCAGCCCCGCCCCCGGCCAGCGACCCCUGCAGGUGCUGGACCUAUGGGAGCAAUACUCGGACCCUUCCAUGGGGCGAUGUUUCUAUGUCAACACCGUUACCAAGGAGAGGUCCUGGAAACCCCCCCGCAGAGCCCGUGAACGGGCUAGUCCGAUGCAGCCACAGACGGUCCCAAGGGACGCCAACCACCUGUCUCUCCCCAUCUCAGGCACAGAGAAUGGCAACAUGAACAGGCUCUCUCCAGACUUCCUGUACGGUGGGCAGAAUGCUGACAGUGGCUGGGAGCUGGUGCAGAGCAUGCAGAGAGCAGUGUCCUCAGACACCAUCAGCACCACAGCUUUCAGUACAGAAGAGUCUCAGGGGGUUGUCCAGCGACGUCACUCUGCCCUACUGCAUCAUGGGACAGAGCAGCUCAGCCACGCACGAUCCAUAAUACUGCCCGAGAACGGCAAGCUUGGCCGGCAGUGCAGAGACCGCUCCUACCCUGGGACCAGUGUGGUGGUGGAGCCUCCGUCUCCAGACAGCUCUCCAGACAGCAAUGACAGCUCCACACCAGAGCUGGAGAAAGCAGGUCUGCUGAAUAAGACCAAGAUAGCAGAGGGAGGCAGGAAACUGAGGAAAAACUGGAAUCCGUCGUGGGUGGUUCUGGUUGGGAACAGUCUGGUGUUCUUCAAGGAUCCUAAAUCACAGACCCCCUCCAGCUGGAAACCAGGCAACAGUCGUCCGGAGAGCAGUGUAGACCUGAGAGGAGCUGUGGUGCAGUGGACCAAUGACCUGUCCAGCAAGAAGAACGUCUUCAAGCUGAGGACAGUGACAGGGAAUGAGUUCCUACUGCAGUCAGAGACAGACUCACUGAUCAGAGAGUGGUUCAACACCAUCCACAGUGUCAUCGACAGACUGGAUCGGGAGAAUCCCCUGGACAAUGUCCUGUUGUACUCUCUGAGGAGGGCGGGUAGUGUAGAUAUGUUGGACCCCAGUGGAGACGAGGAGGACAGAGGAGGGGUAUAUAAAGCAUCACUCCCUCGUUCUGCUUCCAACGUGGAGAACUCAGAGAAGAAGCGUGUUCGGAGCAGACUGAAGAGGUUCAUCCUCAAGAGACCUCCACUACAGAUCCUACAGGAGAAAGGACUCAUCAAGGACCAGGUGUUUGGCUGUCAUCUAGAGAUGCUGUGUGAGAGAGAGAAGAACACGGUGCCUCGCUUCGUCAGGCUCUGCACUGAGGCUGUGGAGAGGAGAGGUCUGGAGACAGACGGUAUCUACAGAGUGAGUGGGAACCUGGCGGUCAUCCAGAAACUACGCUUCCUAGUCAACCAUGAGCGAGCGGUGACUACAGACGGACGUUAUAUGUUCCCUGCGGAGUUGGUACAAGGUAGACCGACAGAGAAGUUGAACCUGGACCAGAGUGAAUGGGAGGACAUCCAUGUCAUCACAGGAGCCCUAAAGCUGUUCUUCAGAGAGCUUCCUGAACCCCUGGUUCCUUACGGCUUCUUCACAGACAUAUUAGAGACUGUCAAGAUGUCAGACUACCUGGAUAAAGUGGACCGUCUGAAGUGGCUGGUACUGAGCAUGCCUCCUCCCAACCAAGACACCAUGAGGUUCAUGUUCAGCCAUCUCAAACGGGUGAUGGAACAUUCUGACUCUAACCGGAUGUCGACCCAGAACAUCGGCAUAGUGUUCGGUCCCACCCUGAUGCGUCCGGAGAGGGACAAUGUUAACAUGGCCAUCAACAUGGUCUACCAGAACCAGGCCGUGGAGCUCAUCCUCAAUGAGUUCGACCGCAUCUUCAGACCCAACAACUAUACAUCCCUCUGACAUCCAUUCAGCCCAGAACACUGAACCUAGAACCCACCCAGCCCCAAGGGCUCAUUCAGCCCAGAACACUGAACCUAGAACCCACCCAGCCCCAAGGACCCAGUCAGCCCAGAACACCGAACACUGAACCUAGAACCCACCAGCCCCAAGGACCCAGUCUAGAGCCCAUCCAGCCCCCAUCCCAAUCGGCCUGAACCCAACUCAGUUACCUGAACCAUCUUUGGACCUAACCGCUCUGGUACUGUAUCCUCCAACACCCAAACCCAAACCCAGCCCAGCCUGAGCCAAACACAGAGACCAGAACCAGAAACACCGUGAAAGGACACCAGCUUUUCCUUAUGUUCUCCUUACUUACCCCCCGUAGUAACAACCAGUGGUAAAAACAUACUGUAGGUGGGUAAACUGAUCGCCGGUCGCAGUGAAAAAAGUAGCGCUCCCUUUACUUUCAAUGCACUGUUUGGCUAAAUAAAAAAGGUGGGUAAACUGCACUUAGUUGCGUUGACCCUCCACUACACCCCCUGGUAUCAACACCACCUUAACUAACCUCAUCCUCAUCGGCACGGAGAAAGACAUGCAAAGACAUGGGAGCAGGAGGAAAAGCCAAUAUGGACGAUGUACAGUACGUUUCCUCAGCUCCUGUAGUAGUGUAGUAGCAACUACAGCCUAACUCGCCUCCGCCAAACACAACGGCAACAACAAGCUGUUUAAUCUUUGUGCCACCGUCCUAUAAACUGUCUUCAAUAAAGUUAUUUCAAAGUU